GUCUUUUUAAAUGUGUGACCAGAGAGGGCGCUCUACUGCACUCAGAUCAGGUUUACAGACGCCUGAAGCUUUGUAAAGUUUGAAACUAUUUGCAAGAACAAACACCGAGCGAAGAGGAUUAAAGCUGCUAAGGACAUGUCAUCCAUAAAGGUUGAGUGUGUAAUCAAAGAAAAGAAUGAGAUUGGUGAGAGUCCAGUCUGGGAGGAGAGGGACUCCUCUUUGGUGUAUGUUGAUAUUACCGGUCAAAGGGUCAGCCGAUGGAGCUCUCUGACAAGUCAAAUAGAGAGUAUUGCUACAGAGAAACCUGUGGGCUCUGUGGUUCCACGCCAGUCAGGUGGUUACGUCAUUGGAGAGGGAACUCGAUUUGCGUUUGUUGACUGGGGAAAACGGUCUAUUACAACAGUCGCACAUUUGGACAAGGAAAAACCCAACACCCGCUUCAAUGAUGGAAAAGUCGAUCCAGCUGGCAGGUUUUUUGCAGGUACCAUGGGCAUGGAGCUGCAGCCAGCAGUGGUGGAGAGAAAACAGGGAUCUUUGUACACCCUCCAUCCUGACCACACGGUUGUCAAGCUUUUUGACGAAGUUGACAUCUCCAAUGGUUUAGACUGGUCACUGGAUCACUGCAUCUUCUACUAUAUAGACAGCCUGGCGUACAUGGUGGAGGCCUUUGAUUAUAACAUCCAGACUGGAGGGAUAUCAAACCGCAGAGUGGUUUACAAGUUGGAGAAAGAUGAAGGCAUUCCAGAUGGUAUGUGCAUAGAUGCAGAGGGCAAACUGUGGGUCGCCUGCUACAAUGGAGGAAGAGUGCUUCGCAUUGACCCACAAACAGGCAUGCGGCUCCAAACCGUGAAACUACCAGUUAAGAAAACCACAUCAUGCUGUUUUGGAGGGAAGGACUACAGUGAUCUCUACGUCACCACAGCAUAUAAAGGCAUGGAUGAAGAUUCAUUGGCCAAACAGCCUGAUGCUGGCUGCAUAUUUAAGGUUUCCGGUUUAGGAGUGAAGGGCAUUCCACCAUACUCAUAUACUGGAUGAAAACCAAGGAGACAGUGAUGUUAGUUAAAACAUCAUAUUCAUUAUUCAUCUUAUGAUUUCACACUUCUUAUGAUAAAGGAAACUAUCACCUCAUUUUAGAUGAUUUCUAUCAUUUUAUACAUUGGGAGCAAUUUGUGUAAGAUUAAACUGGAUGAAAUAGACAAUUUGUUUUAGUAAUUUAGUGCUGCUGUAGGUGUUCAGUAUUAAUAUAACAAAUAAGCAUUAAAUUCCUGUUUACAUUAACCACACACUGUAAAUGUAUGCAAGUAUUAAAGGAAUGUUCUGGGUUCAAUACAAGUUAAGCUCAAUUGAAAGCAUGUGUGGCAUUAUGUUGAUUACCACAAACAUUUAUUUUGACAUGAAUGUAAACAUGAUUUUAGUGUAAUUAAAAUCACUUACAAACCUUUUCUCUGAAAGGUUAUAGUCAAUUUUACAACAUGGUUUCCAUGAUGAUUCCUUUAAGAAAUGAUUGCCAGUAUUGCAUUUGUUCAAUAUUGAACACUUGUUUAAUAAUCAUUAAGUUUAACUAAAUUUUUUGUAUUUUAAUUUUUUUUUUCUGUGCUGCUUAAGCUAAUGAGGUGCCAAUCAAACAGAACUACACUUGAGAAAAUGUCAUACCUACCAAUGAUGGUGCUAAAAUAAUAAAAUUAAUCAUGAUGAUUACUAUUUUCUAAAACUUUUCCAUUUCCAUUUUGUUUACAUGAACCCUUUAAAGUCAACAUGAAAUGCUGUCAGAAACCCAUUUCACUUCCAUAAUGUGACAUUUUCCCAAGUGAAACUGGAUUUUCAACAAGAAUCAAUUUAGCGGGACUUGGUUUUAUCCAUUGGUAAUUGAUUGGAUCAUGAAAAGUUGCCAUUAUAUUCCAGAAAUGGAGUCCGGUGUUUGGAGGAGUGGGGUUAAAAAGUUUGCGAAGUCAUUUCAAAAGCAGAGUAAACUUUUACAUUUUGAAAAAACUUUACAAGAUGAAUAACAUGCACUAAUGAUUCGUGCACAAUAAGACCAGAAAUGUGUUUGAAGAAAAGUAAAUAGGGUCAAUCUUAAUUUACUGUUGACUAAGAAUAUUCACUAAUUUCUGGACCUUCUGUAUGGUUUCUAAUCAUGCAAACGACAUUCAAAAACAAUAAAAAAACAACUGCAGAUAAAGUGGUUUGAUACUUU